AUGGUUACUAGUCUCAGGAACGUCCUUCAGCCUGACAGCAAAGCCUACAACAUUGUCGUACGCAACAACGACGACAAGACUGUCGAUUUUUCGGCCCCGUUUGGCCUUGCAUCUAUAUCUGUUGGUCGCUGGAUUGGCAGAGGAGCUGGCUGUACCGAAGUUACCAUUACCAACAUGAAGGGCAACGUCGCAACCGUUCAAGUCGAGGACAGUAACUGGAACAUGAUAAUCACCGGCACAAUUGCGGGCGGCGUCAAAAAGUUCAAGGUGGGCGGAGAUAGGGACUUUAAUAUUGCCCUCACCCCGGACGGCCAUCUUCGCUUUCAGUGUUUGGAUGGAAAUACCUGGUCAGACGGAGGUGAGAGCGUCAUUGACGUCACUCUGCUCCCGUUCCAGAAGAAGUGA